CCACAAGUCGCCUUUAUUCCUUUUAAAAGUCACUUGUCAGUAAAUUCCCUUGCUAUAUUGCUCAAAUAAAAACAAGGAAAUUACGACGUUUUGGGGUGGUCCUGAAGGCACCCGACUGUCAUGUCGGCUCCCAUCGCACUCAUUCAAGGGGCCAGCAGAGGACUGGGGCUUCAGUUCUGCAGACAUAUAUUGAAAAGCAAAAGCUCCGCUGCCGUUGUAGCGACAUGCCGAGACCCGGACGGAGCGGCCGAGCUGCGGGCUCUGGACGGCCAACACCCGGGCAGACUGACGGUCCUGAGGCUGGACGUGAACCGAGAGGAGGACAUCCGAGGAGCUGCGGAUCGGGUUAAGGAGAGCUUCGGUCGGCUGGAUCUGAUCGUCAACUCCUCGGCGAUACUUCACCCCUCCGGAAAAGGAGAGACCAGCCUGAGAGACGUUUCUGCUCAGGGCAUCAUUUCCACCUUGACGACCAACACAGUGGGUCCUCUGGUCAUGGCAAAGUAUUUUGCCCCCCUCCUUCAGAAAGGUGGAGGUGGUUUCGGUCAACAGCCUGCAGAGAAAGCCAAACAGCACAGCGGCAUCAUCGUCAACAUCACUGCCAAAGUGGGAUCCAUUGGCGACAACGGUCUUGGCGGUUGGUACAGCUACAGAAUGUCUAAAGCAGCUCUUAACAUGGCUACCAGGAAUCUGUCUAUAGAGCUGGGCCGCAGUCGGCCGAAGGUGGUGUGUGUGUCCCUGCAUCCAGGAACAGUCAACACAGACCUCUCCCGACCGUAUCACAAGAAUGUACCAAAAGACAAGCUGUUCAGUACCGAUCAGUCUGUGCACUGUCUAAUGAGCAUCAUAGACACACUGAAUAUUGAAAAGACUGGUAAGGCGUACAGCUGGGAUGGGACUGAACUUCCCUGGUAGAAUCAAUAAAAGGACAUAAACACCACCUCUAUUCUUGAGACUAAAUCUCUCAGCACUGUCUAGACUGUGCAAUAAGUGGUACUUUACGCUGAAUAGUCAUCAGAAUUGAAGUAAAGGUGGAGUCACAGUCAAAACCAUCAAAGACAAACCUGUUCCGCUAUCUUACAACCAAAGUGCUUAAAUCCCCUAUUACACUUUAUGUGGCCUUAAGAUUUGGCACAAUGUAGCACAGCGAGGGCUUAUUUUGGUGGUAGAAAUCUAGAAUCUUUAGGGUUUUUUUUUGUGGUAUUAAUUAGUGGCACCAAGUGGUUUAUGUUAAUAUUUUGACAUUUUGGGAGAUAAUGCUCACUCACAUUCUGGCUGGGAGGUAGAUGAGACUCUCAUUUCUGUACAUUCAGUCAGGGUGCGAACUACAGGAAAGCAUUUUUGCCAUGCAUUUCUAUUUUUCUAUAUCUUCAUUAUCAUUAUCGAUAACAUUAUGGGUGUAUAAUUCAUGCAUGAGGGUGAUUGAAUAAAGAUACAGGUAUGCAUGCUAUUCCUGCUAACCCCUUCGAUUGCAAUUUCAUAAACUUAACUCACUUUAACUUAAAGAUCUUUCUUUGUCCCACUCACUCAUUAGGCAGAAUCGCCAUUAUUCAUUUCUCUGUUUUGUAGUCCGCAUACUGUAAUUCAAUCAGUAAUAAAAAAGUGAGCUCCCCUGAAAGCGAUGGUAUAGUUUGCACACUGCAUUCCAUAUAAAGCUAGAACCAGGAAAGUUAGUUUAGUUACCAUAAAGACUGGAAACAGCUAGCCUGGCUCCAGUGUGUAGGAUUUCAUCAAGCAAUAUAGUUGCGGAUCACACUUCCCUCACUUCACCUUCUCCUUCCAAGCACAAAGGAGAAACUACGUGAAACACAAAAAAAGUGAAUGCGUUUGGUUUGUCCCUUCUGGGCUAAUGUAAAAAACAUGGCAGCUCAACAUGGCAGCCUCCAUGGAAGGUGAC